AGAGAGAGAGGGAGAGAGAGAGAGAGAGAGACAGAGAGAGAGAGGGAGAGAGAGAGAGACUUCACCUCGCAUCUUCCUCAUCGGGGUCGAGUCUGUUUGAAGAGUCGCUGUUGUGUUCAUUUCUUUCAUCUCUUACUCUUCCAGCUGAAUCAUGAGCGAAGCGUUAUCGCUCUGUUCCUGUGAUUAUCUCUCAAGUUCAGAAAGAGGUCUGCAUGGUACCGUCUGCAUUCCCCAGCGGCGAGUGGCUGCUGGGAGGCUCUCAGUCAGACGAGGAGAAGCACGAGGAGCUGUGGGAGCGAGUGGAAGGAGUGAGGCACAAGCUCACCCGUGUUUUGAACCCGGCGAAGCUGACGCCCUACCUGCGGCAAUGCAAGGUGAUCGACGAGCAGGAUGAGGACGAGGUGCUGAACUCCAGCCAGUAUCCGCUGAGAAUCAGCCGAGCCGGGCGUUUACUGGACAUCCUGAGGGGGCGUGGCGAGCGUGGUCUCCAGGCCUUCAUGGAGUCUCUGGAGUUUUAUCAUCCGGAGCAGUUCACGCAGCUGACCGGACAACAGCCGACGCAGCGCUGCUCCAUCAUGCUGGAUGAGGAGGGUCCUGAGGGUCUGACUCAGUUCCUGCUGCUGGAGGUUCGUAAGCUGCGAGAACAGUUGCACUGCAGUCGUGUGUGUGAGCGGCGUCUGUCUCAGCGCUGUCGCGUGGCCGAAGACGAGCGCAGCCGAGCUGAACGCAAAACGCAGGAGCUGCGGCAGGACCGCACACAGCUGGAGAGGUUGAGGCAGGACUGGGAAUCUGGCAGUCGUGAGUUGGGUUUGCUCAAGGAGAGACAUCUGGAGCAGGCUGUGAAAUACUCGCGAGCCUUAGAGGAACAGCGUAAAGCUACUGCACGCGAGACAGAACUGCUCACAGAGGUGGAGCAGCUCAGGAGGAGAUUACAGGAGGUGGAGAGACCGGUUCAUGUUGGCUCCGCCUCCUCGAGCAGUGGGGUGUGUGACAGCGCCCCCGCAGGACCGGAGGAAAGGCCACCCCUCGCCGUGAGAAACAAACAGUUUAACUCUGGAAAUCAGGCUCUGUUGGACAUCCUGAAGCAGGACAGGCGGGAAGCGGUGGAGCAGCGGCAGGAGCUGAGCAGCACCAUCGCCCGACUGCAGGGGGAGCUGGAGAGCUCCGAGACUCAGAGAGAAAAAUUGGCGUCUCAGUGUGAGCAGCUGCAGCUGCGUCUCAGAACCCUGCAGCUGGACUGGGAGACGGAGCAGAGCAGGAGUGUGUCCUACUUCAACCAGAUCAUGGAGCUGGAAAGAGAGAGAGACCAGGCGCUGCGCAGUCGCGACAGUCUGCAGCUGGAGUUCACCGACUGCCUCCUGGACAAGAACCGUCUGCGCAAACGCAUCGCAGAGCUGCAGAGCAGUGUGGAGCAGCUGCAGAGAGAGAUGGAGAGGAACCGAGAGCGGAGAGAGCAGAGCAACACCUGCAUGCACUGCUCUCACAUGUCUUUGUUCAGUGAGGAUCAGUGUUUCGACCCGUGUUGUUCGGUUGAUUUGAGUCCCAGUCCACUCACACUCAGAGCUCAUCUGAAGUCAACCUCACAAGCUCAGAUAUGUGAGCAGUCUGAAGACUCCUACUUCUCUAACUCAGAGGAGAAUCUGCUCAUGCCGGAGUGUAACGAUGAGAAGGACAUCAACAGACUCUCCACAUUUCCCUUUCCUCCCUGCCUGAACUCAAUCAACCGCAGAAAAAACAUAGAGUUUGAUCUGAACUCUUGGGGGAGUGAUGAGAAUGAACCACAUACAGAGGACUCGGACUCGUGUCUGAUGAGUUCGUGGAGCUCUCUACCAUCUCAGCUCUUUCCUCCUGACGUGAUCAGCGUGACUCCGACUCUCCCGGUCAAACCUUCAUCCUCCUCCCCGAGAUCGGUGCUCUCCUUGUCCAAAAGCGCCAGUCUGGCGGACGACAUCACUAUCAUCGGAGGGAACCGGACGGGUGUGUUUGUGCAGACGGUCAGGGCGGGCUCGCCUGCGCAGAUCUGCGGCCUGAAGGAAGGCAGCGAACUAGUGGAGCUGGAUCAGGUGUUGUUCGGCGAGGGUCGUGUUCGUCUCAGUCAGUGCACGGCUGAAGUGGCUCAUUUCUCACUGCAGUGGUGGAGCGAACCCAACGCGCUCAAACACACACACAACCCCGACGGUUAUUCCCGUUUGCUCGCUGAGCUCUCGUCCCCGUCGUUCACCGGCGCAGACUCGUUCUACGUGCGUGUGAACCUUGACCUCUGUCACCACGGCGACCCGCCGCGUCUCAGGGUUUGCUGUGACGACGUCCUGCACGUCACCGACACGCGUUACAACGGUAAAUACCAGUGGCGCUGCGUUCGCGUGGACAAACACACGGGGGCGCCGCUGCAGGCCGGAGCCGUGCCCAACUACAACAGGGCCCAGCAGCUGCUGUUGGUGAGACUCCGUACGAUGGCGCUGGAACAGAAUCAGUACAGGAGGAAGUUCUGUAAGAAAACCUCUCAGCGCGUUCGGCUCAUUAAAGCGGUCGCGGCGAACUAUCGCGAGAUUGGCUCGUCCAGUCCGGUGCUCUACACGCUCAGCAAUCGUCAUGAGGAGCAGCUGAUCCCGUUCAGUCUGGUUCAGAUGGUUGAGGUCAACAACAAGCGGCCGGUGGUUUUCUCUCCGUCGAUCCUGUCCCGAGGGAUCAUCGAGCGUCUGCUGCAGCCGGCAGAAUCCGGUCUGGAUUUCAACACCUGCCAUCCAGAGCCAGUGGAAAGUUGCAUGCAUCAGGAUAAGAGCGUGUUCCUCACCGACUCCACAGAUCAACCACUAGGAAUCAAACUACAGAGCAUCGAGGAGGUUAUUAACCAGGACAAACACUGUCUGCUUCAGCUGGGCUUGAAUCAUGUGGAGAACCUCCUGAAGCAGAGCAUCUAUCCCAUCAUCAUCUACAUCAAACCCAAAGACAAGAAGGGACGCAAGUUCAGGAAGCUGUUAUUGGGCCAGGCUGAGGAGGACCUGAUGGAGGCCUGUCAGAUGGAGGAGCUUCAGCUGGAGACUCUCCCCGUGAUGUUCAACACGGUGGAGCCGAACGAGUGGAGCAGCACCGACGAGCUCCUGGCCAUCAUACGCAGCAGCAUCCUGAGCCAGCAGAGCAGCGUGGUGUGGCUGGAGCAGGAGCGACUCCAGUAGAGACUCAUAUACUCCAGAAUGAGAAUCCAGUCAUUAGCAUUUCAAAAAAAUUAUGAAAUAUAUAUAUAUAUAUAUAAACAAACUGAUGCCGAAGAUUGGGUUUUCUAAAGUUUAAUGUUCACGUUUUAUAAUCAUCUGUACUUGAACUGUACUGUAUAUCGUUGCAUCUGUGAAAGUAUCUGUAUUUAUUAUGAUCUCCAACCAUGAAUUCCAUGACUACAUUGAGACGCUGUUUGGGAUGGACUACCAUCAGGUGUUACAAUCGAACAUAUUUCUGCUGUUGAUCAGUGAUACAUCUUUUAACCACCUAAGACUUGGUUAGCAUAUGGAUUGAACUUAUGUUGUUUUAAGGGAGAAAAAAAAAAACAAUUCCGGGACUAAUAGAAAGACAUGCAUAGGCAAAAAUAAUUGUUUUUUAAAAAUCAAAAAUACAUUUUUUUCUCCAUUUCACAUUUUCCAGAGAUGCUGAUUUGUGACAGUAUUUAAAUUUAAAUGAUAAUUACCAAAUAUAUUUCCAUAAGUGUCACUAAAUGAAAAAAAAAUAAAUACAUUUUUUGCAGACCAUGGUCAAGGUAAAACAUCCAAUCAUUUGGUAUCUCUGAAAUGUACAUGACAUCCAGACUUAAAACUCUGGCAUGUAGAGUGUCUUAAGACUACAAUAUAAUGUCCAUAUAUAAAGACGCAUGGUCUUAAGAGGGUAAAUGGUUAUAUUUCUCUCAAUUAGUUCAAUAACACAAAUAGCUCUUUUUACAAGUUAAAUUAUGAACAUAUCUACUGUGAAGACGCUUUGCAGCUCUUCCUUUAAGUCCUCUAUAAAACAACCAAAGAACACUUCUACGACUCAUCAUAGUUAAUAUUGUUAUUUGAUGAAGCGUAAAUUGCCUUUUAACAUUAUACUUGCAAUAAAAUAUUUACAAUUGG